GAGACACAUUUGAAUUCGUAGGUUAUGAUGGUCAAAUGGUAGGAAGAUGGCGAAUGUAACGUGUUCUGCAUUUUCCCAUGACAGUCAAUAUUUAGCACAUUGUGGAAACGAUGGAAAAUUAAGAAUAUGGGAAGUAGCGAGUGGAAGAUUGAAGCUAGAGUACGUGCUGAUUUUGCACGCGUCGUCGACCUGUAGCGUUCUAGGCUGGAUCAACGUUGACGGCCAAGCACCCAAUGCGCCUUCGUUAUGGAAAAGAAGGAAAAAAUCAUUAUCCGAAGACCCGGAGCGGAAGAAGGUUGUGGCAAUGGGUUCCACAAACGGCGGGGUAACCCUGUACAGUAUAGCGUCGGCAUCGGUCUCUAUGGAACUAAAAGGUGGUCAUUCCGGUGCUGUCACUGCACUGACAUGGUCAGAAAGCAGUGGAUUAUUUACAGCAGGAGAAGAUCACCACAUCGUCGAGUGGAAUAUUCAGGAAAAUGGAAUCAAAUGCAAAUGGAAGUCCGGGAAAGGAAAAGUUACCGCUAUCGCGGUUGUAUCGGAGGGAAAGUCCCUGAUUUCGGCAGACAGAGUAAUUAAGUGGUGGGAUUUAUCCACAAAACAGUUGAUUCAUAGAUUUACAGGACACGCUAACCAAGUUUUUUCAUUGAACCCUAUUGUAAUAGAUCAUAAUAGCCACUACGUCAUCAGUGGAGCCAGUGGUGAGGAGUACCUGAAUAUAUGGUCGUUAAAUGAAACAACUAAAGAAAGAAAUUCAGUAGCAACAUUAACGAUGCAAGAUGACGUUUCGUCUGUUUCCGUGCAAGUUAAAGAAAAUUCUCAAGUAAUGAUCUUGGCAACAACUAAAUCUGGCCAAGCACACGUGUACAAGUAUCAACCAAAUGGCCGGUGUUCUAAACCACUGAAACCCUCUCUUACCGUUUUAAUAGCUUCGGAAUCGAGUCAAAAAGAAUCGAUUCAACAGAUUCCAAUUUUAUUAGGACACCUUACCGAUGAUACCAAAUUGCUAUUGGCAUACGGUUCUUUUGUCCAAAUUAUGUUUGAAAAAGUGAUUCCUGACUUCACAAAUGAAGUUCAAUGUUUAAUUAGGUCUGAUUUAAAAAAAGUGAAAGAUAGGAAAGAAGAGGCUUUGUCAAAGAUGAAGCCAGCCGAUACAGACGGCACCGUUGAGUAUUUAACCCCAGGAGUUCCUACGGCAGCGGUUAAGAGGAACAAGACGGGAGCUAGUUCUCAGAUACCUUUGAAGGAUAGAUUGGAUAACCUUAGUUUAAAUGCCGAAGUAAAUACUGAAAAAUUACCUGCAAAAGGUGCUGGCAAUAUGGCUCAACUGCUCAUUCAAGGACUGCUCAGUAAGGAUAAAACUAUUCUGAACAAUGUUUUAUUAACAAAAAAAGAAAGUUUGAUUCAGAAUACGAUAAAUAAAUUACCUGUACAAGCGAUAACACCUCUUCUCAAAGAGUUGACUACGCUAUUACAAGGAAAGACAUAUCCGAGCAAAAUAGCGGUGACAUGGUUAAAAGCAUUGUUAGCUACACAUGCAGCUCACCUUCUCUCUCAUCCAGAUGUUGGUGAGUCUUUAGGUCCUAUAAUGGGCAUAAUUGACACGAAAUUAACGCUUCUAUCGGAGCUUUCAAGGCUUAGAGGACGAGUUUCCCUCGUCACGGGCCAAAUUUCACAGACAAGUGAACAACGAGACAGGGAUAUAACCGAAGAAAGUUUGCUAGUGUAUCAGGAUCCAGAUUCCUCGGAGGACGGUACAGACGUAGGAGAAGCAGACUUAGGCACGGAGUCAGACGAGAACUGGGAAGAAAUGUCCGAUCAGAAUAGUAUCGAACAAGAUGAUCCCGAAAAUGGAAGAUCCGACGACGACGUUUCUAUGUGCAGUUGAGCAUUCAUAUUAUUCAAAAGGUAACGAAAAGGAGUCGUUAAUCGAGUCCGCUGCCAUGAAUUGUUAAGGAACGAAGUUUUUCAAGCGUGUCGAACGUCUUCGUCAUAUCCUGAAUAAUAUAAAUCAGUAGAUACGAUAUAAAUACAAUACGAGUUUGUAAAAAUUGUAUACAUUCGAUGUUGUAAUAUUAAUGACCGAUCAUACAAAUUGAUACGUUUUUCCCCAGACCCGGUUGUGUCGAUAACGUUAGGAAGGCAUGAACGUGUAAAAGAUAUUUCGCAAUAACCGCGCUGUCACAUUUCACGGAGAUCUCCCGUGUUUUAUAAUAUUUGCUACGCUUUAGGAAUAUUUUAUUAAAAAGGAAGAAAAACCAA